UAAAACAUGACUAAAAUUGAUAUCUCUUUAUUUGGAAAAAAAUUCCGUGGUUCGAUGCUUGGUGUUUUGACAGGCGACUGCUUAGGAAGUCCUUACGAAAAUGAAGAUUUGAGUUCUGGAUCAAAACUUGUGCUACAAAAUUCUUUUGAUAAGCUUGAAGGACCAAUUUUCAAAGCUCCAGUUAUACAAUACACAGAUGAUUCUGCUAUGAGUAAAUCAUUGGCAGAAUCUUUAAUUGAAAAAAAAGACCUUGAUUUAGUUGACUUAGUAAAAAGAUUUGUCAAGAACUAUUAUCAAGAGCCUUAUCGUGGAUACGGAUCUGGUGUUAUUAAAGUAUUUGAAAAACUUAGAAGAUCAAAGUUUUCAGAUAUUUUGUUACCUGCAAAAGAACAGUUUAACGGCCAAGGAUCGUUUGGAAAUGGAGCUGCUAUGAGAACUACACCCAUUGCUUUGUUUUGUUAUAAUAAUUAUAACAAUUUAAUAGAUAUGACAAAAAAACAAUCAUUAAUUACACAUACUCAUAAAAUAGGUAUAGAUGGUGCAAUUUUACAGGCUAUUGCCAUUCAGCAAAGUCUACAUAUACACCCUGAAGAUAAAUUUGAUGUUAUAAACUAUGUUGAUGAACUUGUGCAUAAAAUGAAUUUUAUAGAAGUUGACGAAGAAGGGUUAGAUCUUGAGGAAGUGCAGCCAUAUAAAAAUCAAUUAAAUAUAGUGAAAACUUUACUUUUGGAAGAAGGUGAUAAAGAACCAAUAUCUGAAAAAGUUAUUGAGCAACUAGGCAAUGAUAUUAGUGGUUUAAGAUCAGUGCCCACAGCAAUAUUUUGCUUUUUAAGAGCUCAAAGACCAAUUGAAGGAAUUAAAACAGAAAAUCCUUUUAGAAGGGCAAUUCAAUAUGCUAUAAGCCUUGGUGGAGAUACAGAUACUAUUGGAAGCAUGACUGGUGCAAUAGCUGGUGCUUUUUAUGGGGAUAAUAAUAUUCCUCCUAAUAUUUUGCAUCAUUGUGAAGCAUCUAGGAGCUUUUGUCAAAUGGCAGAUAAUUUAUUCCAAAUAGCAAAUGAAGUUGAAUGGAAUUCCUCUUAA